CCGCGCCGGGGCGGGGCAGGCCCCGCCGCUAUUAAAGGCGCUGAGGCGGCCGAUUUUGCGGUGGUGCCGUUUGUGGGUCUGUGUGAGAGGCCAUGGCGACUUACGUGCAGCUGAACACCGGGGCCAAGAUGCCCAUCCUGGGGCUGGGCACAUGGAAGUCUCCACCAGGAAAAGUAACAGCUGCAGUGAUGGCUGCCAUUGAUGCUGGCUACCGUCACUUUGACUGUGCCUACGUGUAUCAAAAUGAGAAUGAAGUUGGGGAUGGGAUCCAGCAGAAAAUCAAGGAAGGUGUUGUGAAACGAGAGGACCUCUUUGUUGUCAGUAAGCUGUGGUGCACAUUUCAUGACAAGCCUCUGGUGAAGGGAGCCUGCCAGAAGACUCUUGCUGCCUUGAAACUGGAUUACCUGGAUCUCUACCUCAUCCACUGGCCUCUUGGUUUUAAGGCAGGAGAGGAGCUGUUUCCCACAGAUGACAAAGGCAUGUCAAUACCCAGCAACACAGAUAUCCUGCAUACGUGGGAGGCCAUGGAAGAGCUGGUGGAUGCUGGUCUGGUAAAAGCCAUUGGUAUCUCCAACUUCAACCAUGAGCAGAUUGAAAGAAUCUUGAACAAGCCCGGACUGAAGUACAAGCCUGCAAAUAACCAGGUUGAAUGUCAUCCAUACCUUACCCAGGAGAAGCUCAUCAAGUACUGUCAAUCCAAAGGGAUUGCUGUGACAGCGUACAGCCCCCUGGGCUCUCCUGACAGACCCUGGGCUAAGCCAGAGGAUCCUUCCCUUCUGGAUGACCCCAAGAUCAAAGAGAUUGCAGCCAAGCACAACAAAACCCCAGCACAGGUCCUCAUUCGGUUCCACAUCCAGAGAAAUGUGAUUGUGAUUCCCAAGUCUGUCACACCACAGCGCAUCGUGGAGAACUUCAAGGUGUUUGACUUUGAAUUGACUAAAGAGGAGAUGGCAACCAUUCUCAGCUUUAAUAGAAACUGGAGAGCCUGUGCAAUGAGCACGUGCAAGACUCACAAGGAGUACCCUUUCAAUGCAGAAUACUGAAGAUGGUUUCCUGCCUUUCUCCAGACUUCCCAGAUAAGCUUCUGCUGUUGCCUAUGAGUUGUCUACGUUGCUUUCUCACUGCAUCAGACACCUUCCCCCUGCCUUUUUUUUUUUUCUUUUCCCCCUACAAAGAUGCAGUAUAUGUACUCGGUGACUUUUUCUUUUUUUUUUUUUUUUUUUUUUUUUGGAAGAAGGAAAUGCUAAAAUGGUUCUGAAGAGCACACUGUGUGGACUAGUAGAUUGUCUUUGCCAAACUGCAUAUCUGGAAUUGGUAAGCAGAAAAUAUUGAGAAAGUUUGAACAAGCAGUCACUUUUAUUUUGGAAUACUAUGAAUCGGAGAUAGUGACUAUUGUUGUCUGGAAGGACCAGGAUAUUGGCAGAUUUUCAUGUAAUUAAUGAGGUCUGGUUUUUUUUUUGAUUACUUUUGGGUUUGGUUUUGUUUCUUUGUAACACUCCAUGCUUUUUUUUCCUCUAAUUGAAAGUACAAGUCAAUUUCUAUGUACAGCAGUUUCUACAUGGGUAGCUCUUAGAAAAACGUAUAGGUCCUGGUUUCUUGUUGAUAUAAAAGCUGGUUUUGCUUAUAAUAAAAUACAAGUUUCAUUACUGUG